AUGAUCAAAUACUUUUGUGUGAAAACCCUGAAUCAAGAUAAGGAAGAAGCUGUUUUAUCGGGGUCAGUUAUAGAACAAGCUGAGGAUGAACCGGGUGUUUUUAUAGAAGAUUUUCACGCAGUAGGUGACGUAGGGAACUCUAGUAGCGAUGAUAGUAUAACCACUCAAUCUUUGACAUAUUUCCCACCUAGAUCAACUAAGAAGAAAGUUGUGAUGAUUUUGUACACACUUCAUGAUACUUCGGACAAAAACAAUGAAGUGGAGCUUUCAAAAAUUAUUGAUUAUCAUAAUAAAACAAAUGGAGGUGUCAACGUUUUUGAUGCAAUGUCCAAAAAAUACUCCGUCUUAAGAAAAACUAAACUCUGUCACAUGUGCAUUUUUAUGGGUAAUUAA